UAUCUCACAGUAUGCGAGCCAGAACUAACUUGUUGAUGUUCUUACCCUUACCCCCCACAGUCUGGAAACCAAAUCAAAUCCCAAACCAACAAAGUUUCCAGGCCUGACUUAAAACUAAGACCCAAGACCAUAAUUUAAUACAUAACAAUCAACAGGCCAACCAUGCAAGUUCCUCAGGAAGAAACCUUUCAGUGCUCUCGAAGACACAUUCAAAAAAAAGUAGAAGCUUACACUGACUACUGUAUUCGUGGCUGUCCUGAAUAUUGCGGAUGCUACCGCCACACUUCUGAGAGUGGUCGCAAAACCCAAAAGCUUGCAAGGCGCGAAAGAAUAGUGUCUGAAAUGGAGAUAAAAGUGACCAGAGAGAAAGAUCGACUUGCUGAUAGGAGCACGUUUCUUGAACAUUGGAACAAUAUGAUCUCAUUAAGAAGUGCUGUGGUCUCAUCAAGAGAGGCUUUACUUGAAAAAGCGAAAGAAGAGUUCGAGAGAAAGAAAAAUGAGCUUCUUGCGCCCAAAAGUUGGUUCGAAGAGAUCGCAGAGUGGUCCGAAAAUACAUCGCAAUGUGCUCAAGACGGCUCAUCGUAUGGCUCUUAUGGAAGUAAGCCCCGUUCUAAUAGUAAUGGCUCGCUUCAACCAACCCGUGCGCUGGAUUCGGGAGAGAGACCACGUCACCGCCGUUCAUUUCAUGGUGACCGUCCAACGCAACCGCAUGAAGAACCAAGUCGUGCGAGAAGAUCUAGUUCUGCCAGUUAUCAUCAUCGCCAAGAUUCGAAUCAACCUGCUAUACGGAUAACACCUCCAGGAAUUUAUGCAAACUCAAUACCGAAUGACUGGGGUAAUAAUUAUGAGUAUUGA